AUGGAGAAAGAUCUGGAGGAGACGCUAGAGGACCUCGAGGAUGACAUUGACGAGUCAUAUACACUGACGAAGAACAGCAUUAUAUGGACUGAAGUGAAUCAAAUAUCGCGCAGCUACACCAAGCAGGAGAAGAAAAUGAAAUCCAAGUUCAAACUCGACGAGCAGGUGUGGCUGAACCAGGGCCGGCUGUCGCUGCUGCGCGCGCGCCACCAGAUCGUGCAGCAGCUGCUGGAGGAGCCCCAGCGGCUGCUGAGGCGCGCCGUGCGCUGCGAGAACCUGUACGGCGACCUGCUGCGCCGCCUGCUGCUGCAGGGGCUGCUGAGGCUGCUGGAGCCCAGCGUGGUGGUGGUGGCGCGCCGGCGCGACACGCAGCUGGUGGUGGGCGCGCUGGGCCGCGUGCGCGGCCAGUACCGCGCCGCCACGGGAGCCGACGUCCAGCUGAGUCUCCGCCGUGGCAUCUAUCUGCCCGACGACGCCAUCGGCGGUGCCGUGCUCUUCGCCAGCUCCGGACUCGUCUACACGGACCUCACGCUCUCGUCGCGCCUCGCCAACGUCGUCAACUACAUGCUGCCACAGAUCCGGAGCGAGCUGUUCGAGGCGUGGAACCUGCGGAGGCACCAGGACACGAGGGAGAGCACUCCGCAGAUAGCGUCUGUGAUGCAGCUGCUCGUCCAGAACGACUCCUCCGAGUCGGAGCUCGACGACUGGCGCUGA